ACGUGCAAAAAUCUCUGAUAGAACCUCGAACUUCCCUUUCAUAGAAUCACUGAGAAGUUCCCGUUCUCCGGUUGCCGCCUCUCCGACAUCCACCGCCGGCGGCAAGUUUUCCGGUUCGCCACCUUCGUCAUCACCUAGGUAUUCACCUUCAUGCUCUCAAAUAUCUAGCUGAAAUGACGUAAAUAUCCUUCUUUAUCGACCAUCCUUACCAAGCAUAUAAUAUAUUAAUAUAUAGUUUAUAAAAUUAUGAUUAGGAAGCAAUCAUCAAACUUCUGUGUUUAUUUUCAAGCAUCCUUUAACCCCCAGAAAGCAAUUUUUUGGGAACAUUUGUGUACAACAAUACAAGCUAGAGGUACAACUACUAGUACCGGUUGUUCAAAAAAUGUUCAAGAGUUGGAUGAGAAGUGUUGGCUAUAUAACAAUGUUAACUUUCAUUGUUUUGGAAUAACAUUUAACCCCCAGAAAGCAAUAUUUGUGAAAAACUUGUAUACAACAGUACCAGCUAGAGGUACAGCUGCUACUGCAGGUUGUUCACAUGUUCAAGAAUUGGAUGAAAAGUUAAAGUGGCUUUGCAAAAAGCGUAAUUCACAUUGUUUCCGAGUAGCUCUUAACCCCCCAAAAGCGAGUUUUGUGAAAUAUUAUUGUGCAAAAGCAGUUACAGAACAUGCUACAAUGGAUGUACAAGCAUUGGAUGCAGAGUUGAAGGGUCUUUGUGAAAAGCCAAAUCCUCAGUAUGUUAAUGCUUUUGAACUUUUUAACGACGCGGUUAAUUCGGGUCGAAUACCUUCCGAGUUUAUUUGCAAUUUUCUUGUUGCAACAAUGGCAAAGAAUAAGGAGUACAGCUUGGCUUUUAAGGUGUAUGGUAGGAUGAGAGAGGUGGGGAUAUCCCCGUGGUUUUUGUCGUUGGCUGCUUUGACUGAAUGUUUAGUGCAUGUUCAAAGGCCAAAAUUGGCGAUUUCUGUUUUGGGGUUGAUUUUGAAGUAUGGUUUCAGGGUUAAUGAUUACCUUGUUAAUAUUGUAUUGAAAGGGUUGUGUGAAAAUGGUAUGGCUAUUAAGGCUGUAGAAGUUUUUCAGUGUUUAUAUAUGAAAGAAGUGACUCCUAAUGUCGUUAGCUUAAACACCCUUAUGAAAGGACUUUGCAGAGAGAGGAAAUUGGAGGCGGCUUUAGAUUUGAGGAGUAGAAUGGAAAAGGUGAAUGUAGCUCCCAAUAUGAUUACUUAUUCCAUUUUGAUAGAUGGUCUUUGUUCAGAGAGAAGGUUGGAUGAAGCUAUGGGAUUGCUGGAGGAGAUGACAACUAAGGGUUUGAAAGCUGAUGUUGUAGUGUAUAGUUCACUCAUAAAUGGACUUUGCAACAAAGGAUGUGUUGAUAGAGGGAAAGAUCUCUUGAAUGAGAUGUUGAAGGAAGGAAUUUCCCCAAAUGUGGUUACUUAUUCUUGUUUAUUACAUGGCUAUUGUAAGCAGGGCCAACUAAAAGAAGCAACUAUGUUAUAUGAUGAUAUGCUGAAGCGCAAAAUCCAGCCGGACGUCAUUACAUUUAUCAGUAUGAUUAGUGGGCUUUGCAAAGGUGGUAGGGCCGUGAAAGCAGUGGAAUUGUUUAAAUUGACGGUGGAAAAGGGUGAAGAGCCUGGAAACAUACCUUACAAUAUUCUUCUGCGUGGACUUUGCAAGGAAGGGUUACUUUCUGAUGCCUUUAACAUUCUGCAGCAGAUGAUAGAAAAGGGCAAGAAGCCUGACUUAAUUACGUACAAUACACUGGUGAGAGGACUUUGUGAAAAUGGGAAGGUGGACGAUGCCUUGACACUUUUUAAUUCAAUGUUAGCUGAUGAGACAUAUGUUCAGCCAGACAUUACGACAAUGAAUGUACUGAUUCAAGCGCUUUGUGAAGAAGGACAUCUAAGUAAUGCUGCCAAAAUUCAUGAGAAGAUGGUUGCUAACAAGACACUGGUUGACAUGAGAACUUUUACUGCGCUUAUUGGAGCUUACAUAAAAGCAGACAAUGUUGUUAAAGCUAUGGAACUCUUGAAGCAGGCAAAUGAAUUGGGUUUUAAUCCAGACUCAUUGACCUAUGGCACUAUGGUUGAUGGUUUUUGUGAGUUGAAUGUACUAAAUAUCGCGAAAGGUUUGUUUCUUCGGAUGAGAAACAAGGGAUAUUGCCCAACCGUGAUUGAUUACAACAUCUUGAUGGAAAGCUUAUGCAAUGAGGGUAGCUUGGAACAAGCUAGGAGUUUGUUUCAAGAGAUGUUAGAUGGCACUUGUGAGCCAGAUCUUGCGUCAUACAAUAUUAUCAUUGAUGGAACGCUCAAAGCAAAAAACUUAAAAUCUGCUAAAGAGUUACUUGUUCAUAUGCUUGAUAGGGGUUUGAAUCCAAAUGCUUUCACAUAUUCCAUAUUAAUAAAUAGGUUAUCAAAACUAGGGCUGUUGGAUGAGGCAAAGAAUUUAUAUGAGAGGAUGAAUGCAUCUGGCCUGACACCGGAUAACUCUGUGUAUAAUUGUUUACUGAAAGGCUUUAGCUUGAAUGGUCAAACUAGAGAAAUUAUUGAUUUGCUUAACCAAAUGGCUGCUAUGGGCAUUGAUCUGGACUCAAAACUCACUUCAACAAUCUUGACGUGUCUUUGCAAUAUAUCUGAAGAUGUCAAUGUGGCAGAGCUGUUGCCAAAUUUCUCCGCAGAAAAAUCAGAAGUAUUUAGCAUUCCAUGCAGUGAAUUGUUGAACAAGCUUCACAAUAGUUUAUCCAAGCUUCAGUUGGAUUCUGCUCAGCAGUGCCAAUGAUAAGCUUCAGGGAUUGGGUUCCUCCACAGGCAAAAUUUGUUAUGCCUGCAAAGGUGUGUGAGCGAGAGGCUUCAUGAUAACAUCUUACAUACGAUAUUUGACAUAUUCAAAGCUUCUUAUGCAGUUCUGGAUGUGAAUCACAUCUGCAAUCAGCAGCAACAAGAAUGAUGGUUCCCGGCUUUCUCACACUUGAUUUGCAUUCAUACCUCAGCUUAACUUGCUUCGGUUGAUAAAUCUAUGAAGGAGAAUAGCUGCUUAUUUAGAAAAAAGUAGGUCAAUCAAAAGUGUUGCGUAAAGUUUGCAUUCUCUUAUCUGCUGCCGGCCCUAGCCAUUGUUUUAUAGGUGAGGUCAUAUUAUGCCAGUCAAGAAGCUGCUAAUGAGUUAUCAGUUGAUAAUUGAAGUCCAUCAGAUCAACUUCAAGUGAUGAAUUUGGCAGUGUCCAAUAUUGACAGCUAACUUUGUACUAGUCAACUAAGAAAUUGUAUUGAAAGACAAUGUCAAGGAACUGCGUUAUAAGUAAGAAUGUUAAGCUUAUUGACUCA